AAAUAAGCACGGCGGGGUCGUGGUGGAGUUACUGGACGGAGACAAUGGCCAGGUCGCUGUCCGUGCCCUGGCUGCCCCCGCACGACCCGGGGACCCCGGCGCUGUCGGUGGUGGACAUGCACACGGGCGGCGAGCCCCUGCGCAUCGUGCUGGCGGGGUGUCCAGAGGUGGUCGGCCCCACUUUGCUGGACAAGCGGCGCUACAUGCGCCAGCACCUUGACCACUUGCGGCGACGGCUCAUGUUCGAGCCCCGAGGGCACCGGGACAUGUACGGGGCCGUCCUAGUGCCUAGCGAGCUGCCCGAGGCGCACCUGGGCGUCCUGUUCCUGCACAACGAGGGCUACAGCUCCAUGUGCGGCCACGCCGUGCUGGCGCUGGGCCGCUUCGCUGUGGACUUCGGGCUGGUGCCGCCACCCCCCGUCGGCACCCGUGAGGCCCGCGUCAAC